UGACCCCGGGGAGGUGACAGAGGUGACAAAAGGUGACAAUGCCCCCAGGGCCCUGUUCGACUACGACAAGGCCAAGGACGUGGGCUUCCUGAGCCAGGCGCUGAGCUUCCGCUUCGGGGACGUUCUGCACGUGCUGGACGCCUCGGACGAGGAGUGGUGGCAGGCCCGGCUCGUGCUGCCCCCCCAGCAGCCCCCCGACAUCGGCUUCGUGCCCAGCAAGCGCCGGGUGGAGCGCCGGGAGUGGACGCGGCUCAAGGCCAAAGAUCGGGGGCCGGGGGCUCAAGGCCGCGAGGACGCCGUGCUGAGCUACGAGACGGUGACGCAGAUGGAAGUUCACUACAGCGGGCCGAUCAUCAUCCUGGGCCCCACCAAGGAUCGCGUCAACGACGACCUCCUGUCCGAGUUCCCCGAGAAAUUCGGGUCCUGCGUCCCCCACACGACGCGGCCCAAGCGCGAGUACGAGGUCGAUGGCCGCGAUUAUCACUUCGUGGCCUCGCGGGAGCGGAUGGAGAAGGACAUCCAGGGCCACAAGUUCAUCGAGGCGGGCCCAUACAACAGCCACCUGUACGGGACCAGCGUGCAGUCCGUGAGGGAGGUGGCUGAACAGGGCAAGCACUGCAUCCUGGACGUGUCGGCCAACGCCGUGCGGCGGCUCCAGGCGGCGCAGCUGCACCCGAUCGCCAUCUUCAUCCGGCCCAAGUCCCUGCAGAACGUGCUGUGAGGAGAUCUCCAAGCGCAGGUGAGCGAGGAGCAGGCGCGGAAAGCGUUCGACAGAGACCAACUGGAGCAGGAGUUCACCGAGUGCUUCUCAGCCAUGGUGGAAGGCGACAGCUUCGAGGAGAUUUACCACAAAGUCAAGCGCGUCAUCGAGGACCUCUCAGGACCUUUCAUCUGGGUCCCCGCCCGCGAGCGGCUCUAGGGCCGGGGGGGGGGACCCCCAAAACCCCCCCAGGCCCCCCCCAAAAUCCACAGGAAACCCCCCCGAAACCCGCGGGAUUCCCUUCCAGGACCUGCUGGGAAUUCCCAGAACGCUGGGGAGGGGUUUCUUUUUUUUUUUGGUUUUUUUUUUGUUUUUUUUUUUUUUGUUGGUUUGGUUUGAUUUUUUUUGGGUUCUUUUUUUGGGGCGCUCUCUCCGGUGGUUUUUUUGGGGGGGCGGGGGGAAACGCCCCCGAAUUUGGACUCUUUUAUUU